AUGAAAGAUCUUAUCUUGCAGGAGUUGGGGUACAAUGAAAGCAGCUUACCCUUUAAAUACUUAGGGGUUCCAUUAGCUUCCAAAAAGCUAUCUAAUCAUCAGUGUUGGCCAUUGGUUGAAAAGAUUACUGCAAAGAUCAGUUGCUGGACUUCAAAACUAUUAUCAUAUGCUGGAAGAUUGCAGCUGAUCAAGUCAGUAAUUUUUGGGAUGCGGUCUUAUUGGGCUCAGGUCUUUUUACUACCAAAGAAGAUAAGCAAAAUGAUAGAGGCAGUAUGCAGAACCUUCUUAUGGACUGGGCAGGUUGAUAUAUCUAGAAGAGCUUUGGUAGCAUGGGACAGAGUCUGUUUACCACAAACAAUGGGAGGAUUAAUUGUGAUAAACCUGUGCAACUGGAACAAAGCUGCAAUAGUGAAGCAUCUAUGGGCAAUCACAAAGAAGAAAGAGUGCUUGUGGAUUCGAUGGAUCCAUACAUACUACGACACCAUGCCUAUACCUAAGAGUGCAGCUUGGGUAGUAAGGAAGAUUAUUGAGCAAAGGAAGUUUAUAUUAAAUCUACCAACUUUACAAGGCAAUGUGCAAGAAAGAGUGGAGUCUCUACAGAACACAAGAGGUAAAUUCAGCAUAAAGAAGCUAUAUAAUUUGCAAACUCCUCAGGGUCAGAAGAGAUUGCUCAAAUGGAUGGGAAUUGAAAGACAGAUCCAAGCUUGGGAGGAGGAACUGCAUUGGGUGACUUACCAUGCUAGGAAGAAGAAAGGAAUUGGCAACAUUAUUGCAGCAGUGUUUGGCAUGCUACUACACAGCUUAUGGAGGGACAUGAAUCUAAUCAGAUUUCAAAGUGGAAGUGCAUCAGCAGAGCAGAUAUGCCGCGAGAUCACUUCAUAUUGUACGAAGGUUCCGAACAAGGUUUUAGUUGAUAUGAUGUUUGUUAAUGGUGUCAGGUUGGUUGUUGAGCAGUUAUUGCAGUUGGAAGUUAUUGCAAUGAGUAUUUGA